UACCGGGGAAGAGAGGCGGGCCGUCGACUCAGCGCAUGCGCAGUUUGGCGCUCGCGGGGGUUGACGGGAUGUUGGAGGACUCCGGCCGCCGCGGGAAGAGAAGAGCGGAGAACGGAGAGGGGGCCCCCCCCCCGAAGCGCUCCCUCCCGGAAGCGGUGGCGGCCGCGCGGCUGCGGGCUUUGGGGCUGCAGCACGACCACAGAUAUGGCGGAAAUGGGCUGCCGCAGGUGGGCGGGGCUUCGGGAGGGCCAAUGGGAGGACGGGAUGAACCGGAUGGGUGGGGCUUAGAGGCCAAUAGGAGACGGGAUGAACCGGAUGGGCGGGGUUUGACGGCGGGAGGGGCCAAUGGGAGGACACAAUGCCCCGGGUGGGCGGGAUUUCGGGGAGGCCAAUGGGAGGACGGGAUGAACCGGAAGGGCGGGGUUUGGCGGGAGCGGCCAAUGGGAGGACGGGAUGUACCGGGUGGGCGGGAUUUCGGGCAGGCCAAUGGGAGGAUGGGAUGAACCGGAUGGGUGGGGCUUAGAGGCCAAUAGGAUACGGGAUGAACCGGAUGGGCGGGAUUUGACGGUGGGAGGGG